GGCGUGCCGCUGGGACCAAUCAGCGUGGACCUCGGCUUCUAGUGCUGGAGCGGCGUCUGCGGCUCGGCGGCUGCUUCAGUCUGCCUGGCGCUGCGGUCCAGACAGCCGUUGUGGCGCUUCUAGCUCGAUCGCCCGCUGACUGGCGGACUGGCUGCCGUCUCCUCUCCUCCGGGCCUGGAAUGCACGACCGAGGGCAGCGGUAGAGCGCGGCAGCCGCCCGGAGGCUAAGAUGAAGGGCAGCGGGGCAGCUGCGCCAGUCGCGGCGCCCCCUCCUUGUCCACUCCGCCUCUGCGCGAUCCUAGCCGCUGCUCUGCUCAGCGUCAGGGCGGAGCCCACCUGCCAGCGCGUCCGCGCCGCUUUCCAGGCGCUCCAGCCCGGCGCCAAGUGGCUGCCCGAGAGUCCCGGGGCAGGAUCAGAUUUGCAGGUAUGCCUCCCCAGAGGCCCGACAUGCUGCUCCCGGAAAAUGGAGGAGAAAUACCAAGUCAUGGCCCGUUCCAACAUGGAGCAGCUCCUGCAGUCGGCCAGCAUGAAGCUGAAGUUCCUCAUCAUCCAGAACGCGGCGACAUUCCAAGAAGCCUUUGAAAUUGUAGUGCGGCAUGCGAGAAACUACACCAACUCCAUGUUCAGAAACUAUUAUCGCAAUAUAGCUGCCAGAGCUUCUAAAUUGGUGGGGGAGUUUUUUACAGACAUAUCCUUGUACAUCCUGGGCUCAGACAUCAACGUCAAUGACAUGAUAAAUGAAUUCUUUGACAGCUUGUUCCCAUUGGUCUACCCGCGCCUGGUGAAGCCGGGCUCACUGGAUCCUUCACUGGAAAUGACCGAGUGCCUCCGACUUGCCCAGCGAGACCUGAAGGUGUUUGGGAACUUUCCCAAAAUCAUGAUGACACAGGUGUCCAAGUCUCUCCAGGUGACGCGAGUCUUCCUCCAGGCACUCAACCUUGGCAUUGAGGUGGUGAACACCACUGACCACUUGAAGUUCAGCAAGGACUGUGGGAGGGCCCUGCUGAAGAUGUGGUACUGUGCCCAUUGCCAAGACCUUAUGAUGGUGCAGCCAUGUGCUGGGUUCUGUGGCUCUGUGCUGCAGGGGUGCCUGGCCAGCGUGGUGGAGAUAGAUAGCUAUUGGCAGGAGUACCUCCGUUCUCUGGAAGGGCUGACGAGAGGCAUGAGGGGCAUCUACAACAUGGAGCAUGUGCUUCUCAGUCUCUUCUCCUUGAUACAAGAUGCCAUCACGUACAUGCAGAAGAAUGCUGGGAAGCUGUCAGUGACGAUUGGCAAGCUAUGCAGCCCUUCUCAGAAGAGGCAUUCCCGGUCUGCUUGGUAUCCUGAGGACCUUUUUGUUGAGGAGAAGAUGACACGGGUUGCUCCUGUGCAACAUGAAGAAACUUUGUCCACUAGAAGGAGGGAACUUAUCACAAAACUCAGAGCCCACAGUGGUUUCUACAGCAGUUUGCCAGAAUACAUCUGCAGCCGCAGCUCCACUGCACAUAAUAAUACCCAUUGCUGGAAUGGCCAAGAAGUUGUAGAAAGGUACACCCCCAAGACAGUGAGGAACGGAGGGAAGGCCCAGCUCAGCAACCAUGAAGUCAAGGUGAAGGGACCUGAGCCUGUCAUUAGCCAGAUCAUUGAUAAGCUGAAACACAUUAAUCAGCUCUUAAAAGGAAUGUCCAUCUCUCACUGGAAAAAUCUGGAGAAACCAGAAGAUGAGGAUGAAGCAGGAAGUGGGGGCUGUGAUGACGAGGACAUCUGUGGUGGUGCAACUUCUGGAAAUGGGGAAUUAAGAGUGAAGAGUCAGUUGAGAUUCUUGGCAGAGCUGGCUUAUGAUCUGGACACAGACAACAUCCCUUCAAGCAAGCAGCUCUGGGAUCAGAAAAGCAAAGAGGUGUCAGUGAUUCACAACCUUGGAACAGGCAUCGUGAUGCCGGGUCUGGAUCUUUUGGCCUCUGUCCUAACGGUCCUACUUCUUCUGCUUGCCAAAUAGUUGUGGAACUACCUCCUCAUUGAAUUUGUGACAUUCCUUUUGUGAAGAUUGCUCACAAGCUCUCUUUCUCCUCCCAAGGCAUGUGGAAAGAGCAGCUUCAAAUAAGUUUCAUUUUUUAAACAUUCAAAUAAGACUCGAGGGAGGGACUCGUUGUAGAUGUAGUGAACAAAGGAAAGUUCUUGUGUUUUGGAGAAGUCUUGCCUAAUCAUAAGAGGGUAAAUAUACCUCAACAUUUGCAUCCCUUAAGAGAUUUAUGAAGAUGGAAGUUUUUCAUUGCUUUUUAGAACAACGGCCUUGUUUCAUCUUGAGUUAAUUGGCAUGGUCACUUAAAAAUGGCAUUGAGCUUCAUCCACUGGCUUUUAA